AUGAGUACCGGCAAUAUCACUCGCUUCUCCUUCACGGAUUUCCAAGGAUGCAGCAUCGCAAGUAUCGUCACACUAAUCGCCGGGAUCAUGGAGCGCGACUCGGGAUAUGAAGCCCGAGUGACAUUUGUUCUUGACUGUAUGCGCAAGAUGGCAACAGGGAAUAUCACGGCUAAAAUGGGUGUGAAAUUGGUCGAAGCUGUGCAUUUUAUCACAAAUGAGGCUGCAGCCAAGAUUCAUCGAGAAGCAUCUGCCUCUACGAAUAUUACACAAGAUAUGCAAAUCUCAGCUGCCACGUCUGAGUACAACCAAUGGGCUGUAUGGUUUGCCAAGGAAAGUUCUCAGACAGAGGAACAAAGCCUUCUUUCAGGAAGAGGCAUCGAUGGAGAUCGCAAUGUUGUUCCAUUCUCUGAAACACCCUUGUUGCAACCAGAGCAGUCGAAUGAUCCGAAUAUCUCUAGCUGGAGAAGUCCGAAUGAGCCGAUGAGCUGGUCUUUUGAUUGA